AUGCAUGUCUAUACAAAACCAAGAGGUGGUCAAAAAGCAUACAAAGGGCAUGUCAUAACUUUACCUCAAGAUGUACAACAGCUAGCUGAUGUACUACCACGAUGUCCACAAGAGCUACCUGUAAUUGUUUUUACUAUUGCUGGAAAAGAUAAUAAGUCCCCAGAUUUUUUAGUAAGAAGACAAAAAGUUGCAGUUGCACUUUACUGGCUAACUGGCACUAAUGAAAAUGGUGAGCCAAAUAAUUACUUAUACCAAAAUAUAACAAUAGACAAUGAACGACUUAAAGCACUACCUGAAAACAACACACUUUCUACAAUACCUGAUUGA